CAGGAGGAGAUCAUGUGCGGCUGAGCUUAGGUAAGAGAGCUCCUCAGUCAUUGAUCAGUCGGUGGUGGGGGUCUCUUGCAGCGACUUUCCUUGUUAAUAAGCCGAUUUAGUCGCCCCCCCGGGGCAGAAUGCUCUCCCACCUCCACUGUUAGCGGCGGCGAUGGCAGUGGCAGCUUAGCAUGGGUUGGAGGUGCAAGCGGCAUGCUUCUUCGCAAUCUGCCAGAGCUCCUACAAUCUGCUGCUCUCCUCAUGCAAGAGGCGAAGAGGAGCUGAAAUAAUCCCGAGCGGCGAGCGGGAGGAGGAAUAAUCGGCCGCCGGCUCGUCUAGGUAUUCUUUUUUUUUCCUUGGCGCGUCGCGACCAUGUCGGUCUCCGGGAAGAAGGACUUCGAUGUCAAGCAGAUUCUCCGGCUGCGCUGGAGGUGGUUCAGCCACCCUUCGCAGGGUUCUCCGGGCUCGGGAGGAUGCCUCCAGCAGGAAGGAUAUGAGCACAGGGGGACCCCCGUCCACAAUAGGCUGAAGAGCCACUCGCGGGACAGGAACGGGCUGAAGAAAGGCAACAGCCCCGUCCACAACAUCCUGGCCCCCGUGCCAGGGCCAACCCCCGUCCACCAGCACCACCGAGCCGUCCAGUCCUGGCACCAGCACAACACCAUCGAGCAGCUACAGGCCAGCGAGGAGACCCCCAAAGCCGGCACGGAGGAGAAGGUGGGCAAGGAAGAGGAGACGGGGCAGCAGGAGGUGCAGAGUGCCCCCCAGGAGGUGCCAGAGGCUGACCCCGACAGGCUCCCGGACUCCAACUCCUCCCCCAGUAGAAUGACCAACGGUACUUCGGACGAGUAUUUCCAGAGCUUGAACCAUGCCGAGCAAACCUUCCGAAAGAUGGAGAAUUAUCUGCAGCAGAAGCAGCUGUGUGACGUCCUUCUGAUCGCCGGCAAUUAUAAAAUACCAGCACACAGGUUGGUCCUGAGCGCCGUCUCCGACUACUUUGCUGCAAUGUUUACAAACGACGUUCGCGAAGCUAAAGAGGAGGAGAUCAAAAUGGAAGGCGUGGACCCCGAUGCUCUUAAAGCCCUCGUACACUAUGCGUAUACAGGAAUUUUAGAACUCAAGGAGGACACUAUAGAGAGUUUGCUGGCGGCCGCCUGUCUGCUGCAGCUUUCUCAAGUCAUAGAAGUCUGCUGCAACUUUCUAAUGAAGCAGCUCCAUCCGUCCAAUUGUCUGGGAAUACGGUCAUUUGGGGACGCACAGGGAUGCAUGGAGCUCCUGAGAGUGGCACACAGCUACACUAUGGAGAAUUUUAUUGAAGUGAUCCGCAAUCAAGAAUUUCUCCUCUUGCCGGCGAACGAAAUUGCCAAGCUGUUAUCCAGCGACGACAUUAACGUCCCCGAUGAAGAAACCAUUUUCCAGGCGCUAAUGCAAUGGGUCAAAUAUGACAUUGAAUCACGGCGGAAGGACCUGGGGAUGCUCCUGUCCUACAUAAGGUUGCCGCUGCUUCCGCCGCAGCUUCUUGCAGACCUGGAGAACAGUCCGAUGUUUGCCAACGACCUGGAAUGCCAGAAGUUCCUGAUGGAAGCCAUGAAAUACCAUCUACUUCCCGAGAGACGGUCAAUGAUGCAAAGCCCCCGAACCAAACCAAGGAAGUCUACAGUGGGGGCCCUCUAUGCUGUUGGGGGAAUGGAUGCCACAAAAGGUGCCACAACCAUUGAGAAGUACGAUCUGAGGACAAACAGUUGGGUUCAGAUCAGUACCAUGAGCGGGCGCCGCUUGCAGUUUGGCGUCGCGGUGAUCGACAACAAGCUCUAUGUGGUUGGAGGGCGCGAUGGCCUGAAGACCUCCAACACCGUGGAGUGCUUCAAUCCAGUCACCAAGGUGUGGUCAGUAAUGCCGCCAAUGUCAACUCACAGGCAUGGACUAGGGGUGGCGGUGCUGGAAGGUCCAAUGUACGCCGUGGGCGGCCAUGAUGGAUGGAGCUACCUUAAUACGGUGGAGCGGUGGGACCCUCAAGCGCGGCAAUGGAAUUACGUCGCCAGCAUGACAACCCCCAGAAGUACGGUCGGAGUGGCAGCUUUGAAUAACAAGCUGUAUGCGGUGGGCGGCAGGGAUGGAAGUUCUUGUCUAAAGUCCAUGGAGUGCUUCGAUCCCCACACAAACAAGUGGAGCAUGUGCGCGCCGAUGUCCAAGAGGAGGGGAGGUGUGGGAGUGGCCACCUACAACGGAUUUCUCUACGCUGUCGGAGGACACGACGCCCCGGCUUCCAACCAUUGUUCCCGCCUGUCAGACUGUGUGGAGAGAUUUGACCCUAAAACCGACAACUGGACAACAGUGGCCCCGCUGAGCGUUCCCAGGGAUGCCGUCGGCGUCUGCGCACUCGGAGAUCGGCUGUACGCUGUGGGCGGAUACGAAGGGCAAACGUACCUCAACACGGUGGAGUCUUACGACACGCAGACCAAUGAGUGGACACAGGAGGUCUCUCUGAAUAUCGGACGCGCCGGUGCGUGUAUUGUCGUAAUCAAGCUGCCAUGAGAUGUUUUCUUCCUGAGAAGAAUGACGCAAAAAGAAUGAACUUCAUUUAUGAAGACAACCAUUUCGAAGCUAGAGCACAUCAACAGACACUCGGACUCCCCAUUUCCAUGAAAUUCCGAUUCAUAACCAACCAAUGGUGGGAACAUCACUUUGCCAACAAUCUUUUUUCUGAAGAUUUGUAAAAAAAAUUAAAAUAAAAAAGACAAAAAAAAAAAAAACAUACAAACAAUUACUGCCAUUUUCUAUACGUGGUAAUUUCUGAGGCACACUGAAUAAUUGAACGCAAACAAGUGACGAGGGACGAAUAAUGAGUGUCAGUACAUUUCACAUUUAAAAAGAACCAAAA